AUGAGCUACAAGAUGCUCGUCCGUUUUGCCCUCCUACUCGCUCCCCUCGCGGACGCACGCCUGCGCGGCUUCCAGGCGGAGCAGAAGCCAGACGCCACCACGCCUUCCGUCUCGGAGGGCCCGUCGGCGCCGAAGAUCCCGCUAGAGGAGGCGGUCGCCUGCGGGCAGGGCCCCUCUGCGGAUCUGGCGGCGGAGACGCUGGGUGACGGCUUCGACGAGCUGGCACUGCUGCAGGAGGAGGCGACGCCCAUGGAGGGAAUGCACAAGAACACAGUCCAGGAGUGGCUCGAACACUGGAGCGACUCCAUCCGAGGGACGCGCAAGACCCACAUCUCCGCCGAGGAGAGGGUCCUAGACAACGCCACGGUCGCCGCGCAGCUCGCCAAGAUCGGCGCCGGCGCCUGCGACGACGACCCGCAGUGGCGGGACAGCGACGGCGACGGCUGCGAGAUCUACAGGUUCGCCAUCGAGUCGGGGAAGAUGACGAGGGAGAUCGCCUGCGGCGGCGGCGGCCAGACGCCAUCGACCCGGGGGCUCCGUGGCGUCCGGGUGGCCGCGGACGCCACGGCCAAGGUCUUCUGCCCAGCCACCUGCGGCACGUGCCGGGCGCCCGAGCCCCAGCCGCGCGCCGCAGCGGAGCCCCUGGGAGACGACGUGGCCUUCCUGCAGGUGGAAGUCAGCUCGUCCGAGGAGCCGCCGAAGUCGGCGGCCUCCUGGCUGAGCCACCUGGGCGAGCACCGCUCGAGGAUCUCGGCCGAGGACCGCGUCCUGCACAACGAGACGGUAGCGUACCAGCUGGAGCGGCUCGAGCUCGAGAGGGAGAGAGGCCACGCCUGCGCGGAUGACCCGCACUGGCGGGACGCGGACGGCGACGGAUGCGAGAUCUACAGGUUCGCGAUCGAGGCCGGGAAGACCACGCGGGACCUGGUCUGCAGCGGCGGGGGCGAGCAACCGUCGGCGCAGCUCCGCGGGCGCCGCGAGAGGGUCGUCGCCGACGCCACCGCGAAGGCCAGGUGGGAGCAGUGGCGCGAGGACGAGUCUGGCGAGGACGAGGGGCCGGAGGAGGAGUGGACGCCGUACGAGGAGCCGAGGCCGCGGGAGCCGGACAGCGACGAAGCGGACAGCACGGAUGACGGCGAGGCCGAGGUCACCAGGGAGCGCAGCAUGGGCCAAGAGUUGUGGACCACCCUGCGGACCAAGUAUGCAGGCAGAAUGGCACUGCAUGGCAAAAAGAAGGGGAUCAUGAGAGCCUUGGAGAAGGUCCAGGGCUUGAUUAUAUUCAACAAGAGUAAAAUUGUAACCGAUAGAAUGGCCUCUUUGAUAGCGCGUUUCGAUCGGGCCAUGAACACGGCCAGCUACAAGCGUACGGUCCAAAGCCUCGAUGACCGUGACGAUUUCUUCAAAGACGUUCGCGACAUAUUGCAUGGACAGUGUUCCGUCAAGUCAGAAGAAGUUCGGCAAGCCCUCGUCGCCAUUCUGAAGGAGUCCACGAGCUCCAGUAUGCAAGAGCAAGUACUACGAGAAGAGCAGCAGAAGAGUGACAUGAUGGAUCUAUGGGUGAAGGAACGAAAAAAGGAAACCGACAAGCUAUACGCAGACUACAAGCGCUUGGUGAGAAUUGAAUCUAGUCGCAUGGGAUCUGCGGUAGCACAAGCUUUCAAGGAAGACCAUACGACAAUCCGCGACGACAUAGGCAAAGCGAAAUCUACGAUUGGAGCCCUGCAGACCAAGCGUUUGAACGCCGCGAGAGAGAUGCAGGAGCUGCAUUACCAGGCGAGGCUGCGCCAAGACAAAAUCAUCAUUUAUGAGGAGAAGGUGCGGGUCAUGGACGAGGAGAAACAGGCACGGAUCAAGACUCUGACAGGCGAGCUGAGGGAAUUGCAGACCAUGCUGAGCGGCCUGCAACAGUCGGAGGACUCGUACGUGGUGCAGAGCGGGAACUUGUGGGACCAGCUGGAGGCGAAAGUUCACGGCAAGUACUUGCAGUCCUACCAGGACAUGCUCGAGGGCCGCCUGAAGCGGAAAGUGCGGGCGGAGAAGACGCGGCGCAAUUUGGCCGAGGUGCAAAAGAGGAGUCUGUCCCAUGAGAUCUCGGAGCUGCAGGCGCAGAAGGCCAAGCUCCAGCUGCACAUGAAGCAAAAGAAAGGGGCGCACGAGAUACUCGCGACGCGGAUCGCGAUCCUAGAGGCGAAGGCGUUGUUCCUGAACAUCAGCACGCUUGCCCAGGAGCUCGACUCGUUCGGCAAGCCCGACCAGGGUGACCCAGAGAAGCACCACAGGUCGCUGGCGGAGUCUGACCUGGAGGAGCUCGGCAGAGCAGUGCUGCCCAAGGGCGUACUCACAGCAGUCGAGAAGGAGCUGCGCCUUCAGCAGCGCUGGCUCGCGGAGCGCAGCCAGGUGGGCUUCGAGUACGGGGGGACGUUGGCGCCUUAACGACCAUUGUGUGUUUUGUUGUCCUGCGACAUACAAGGCCGCGAGCCUUGUGCACGCGACUCGCUGAGUUUCGUUCCGUAUUCU